UCUUUUUCAUUUUAAUCCUUUUUCCCCUCUCCGUAUCAUCUCUUUGGCCAAUGCAAAGAGAAGGGGCAAGAAAAAAACUAAGAAGAUUCUAAAGCUCUUCUCCUUUUUAAUCUUUUUGCUAUUUUAUCCAAUCUAUUUAUCCGCACAUUUCUCCCCAGUUCAAAGCGUAGAGAAAAAAAAAAAAUCCAAUUUUGGGAACUUGGUAUUGUGGCAAAGGUGCUGGUUUUGUGUUUUUUGGGCUUAUUUUUGAGAGGCGCAAAAAAGGAGCAAACUUUUUUGAAAACCAAACACAUUUUGAUCUUGUUCUUGUCCAAGAUCCAAUUUUUAUUAUGUUUUUUGGUGUUUUGUUCUCUUCAUCUUAGAGAUAGAAACUGCAAUAACUUGUUCUUAUCCCUUACAUUUGUUCAGAUAUAUAUAUAUUUAUAUGUGUAUGUAUUCAGAGGUCUAAGUUGAUCCAUCUAUAUAUUCAUCUUUGUGUCUACUUCUUCAAGAAGUGCUUCUCCAUUUAGUUCUAUUUUGAUCUUAUUGUUGUUUAUUCCUCCUACAUUUCCCCAAAUUAAGCCCAAUUAAUCCAUACAUCAAUGGAAAUGCUCAGAUUGCUUUUGUGGGGUUUCCUCAUUGGCCUCAUUUUGCCCCAAAUUGAGGGGCUUGGGAUGAAUUGGGGGACAAUGGCCACUCAUCCAUUGCCACCCAAAAUAGUGGUUCAGGUGUUAAAGGACAAUGGGAUCAAGAGGGUGAAGCUGUUUGAUGCUGAUCCCUCCACCAUGAGUGCCCUCGCGGGGAGCGGCAUCGAGGUCAUGGUCGCGAUCCCUAACAACAUGCUCGCCGCGAUGAACGAUUACAAUGCCGCGAAGAAGUGGGUCGACCGGAACGUCUCUCGGUACAAUUUCGACGGCGGAGUAACUGUUAAAUAUGUAGCAGUAGGAAAUGAGCCCUUCCUCUCGUCCUACAAUGGCUCGUUCCUGAAUGUUACAUUCCCCGCCCUCAAGAACAUUCAAAAUGCCCUAAACGAGGCCGGGCUCGGCGACACCAUAAAGGCCACAGUUCCCCUCAAUGCCGACGUGUACAACUCGCCCCCGAGCAACCCGGUCCCCUCGGCAGGACGGUUCCGAUCGGAGAUCAGCGAUCUGAUGUCUGAGAUCGUCCAUUUCCUCAACCAAAGCAACGCACCCUUCACCGUCAACAUCUACCCUUUUCUAAGCUUAUACGCCAACGAUAACUUCCCCCUCGACUAUGCCUUCUUCGAUGGCGCAAGCAAUCCGGUAGUCGACAACGGAAUCCAGUACACCAACGUGUUCGACGCCAAUUUCGACACCUUAGUCUCGGCAUUAAAGUCUGUCGGUUUGGAGAAUUUACCGAUCAUGGUGGGAGAAGUUGGGUGGCCGACCGACGGGGACAAACACGCGAAGGCAUCCUAUGCGCAAAGAUUCUACAAUGGCCUAUUAAAACGGCUAGCCGCGAAUCAAGGGACGCCGCUCCGCCCGAACCAAUACAUAGAAGUCUAUCUCUUCGGUCUUAUUGACGAGGAUGCUAAGAGUAUAGCCCCGGGAAAUUUUGAGCGCCACUGGGGUAUUUUGAAGUACGACGGACAACCGAAGUACCCAAUGGACCUCACGGGGCAAGGGCUUAACACGAUGCUCGUGCCCGCAACGGGCGUGAAGUAUCUUCCUCAAACUUGGUGUGUGUUCAACCCAGAUGCUAAGGAUCUGAGCAAACUGGGGGACAACAUAAACUUUGCUUGCACAUUUUCGGAUUGCACGGCAUUAGGUUAUGGGUCUACCUGCAAUGGGUUGGAUGCUAAUGGGAAUUCCUCUUAUGCAUUCAAUAUGUACUUCCAAGUUCAGAACCAGAACGAUGAGAGCUGCUACUUUAAAGGUCUAGCUAUGACAACGACACAGAACCCCUCGACAGCCGAUUGCAAUUUCACCAUCCAAAUUGCGACUACUUCUGCUGCUUCAGUCCGCUUUAUCGGGUCGUUCUUCGUCGUGAUCGUAUCAAUGGUUUCUGCAAUUCUCUUCCUCUAGUCGAAGCGGUUUUAGGAUGUCGUAAAAUUUCGGUUGAUUUUGCUAGCCACUUGUAUCUGAAAGUCUGAUGCAGUGGUGCUGUAUUAUUCCUUAGAACUUAGCUGAUUUGUAGCCAUUGUUUUGUAGCCAUUGUUUCGAGAAGUUGGUUUAAAUAUGUGGUGUGUAUGUUUCUGUUUCUGUACAUUUCAAUCGAAAAUUGUUGGAAUCAUUC